AUGAUUGCUGUACUUUGGCAAAGUCUAUACGAAUACACUAUAAUGCGUGAUGCUGUGCCUAUGGGUGGUUUAGUGCGAUAUGAGAAUAGCAUGGAUUCAACGCAAGUGAUGGACUCACAACUUGCACAGUUCGAGAAGCAGCAGGCGAUGUGGCAGGUUCGUUUCAAUUUGUAUGUUCUAGCUAACGGAGGUUGCUCUCCUUGCCAUGCGGAGAAGAAAUGGGCUGACAGUGCUGCAGCAAAAGGAGACGAGGAGAAAAAGGAAGUGAAUUUCGUUCUCGAUGCUGUUGGCCUCUACGCGGAAGAACUUCAACUGAGUGCUACUGAAUGCGCGCGGAAAAGAAAUAUAUUUUGGCUGGGCCUAGGGAACGACGACGAGACUAGGACGAAGGUGUUUGACAAGUUGUCCGAGGCGAGGAUGAAAGGAGAUGUACGAGCAUACCAAUUUGAUGCUGAUAAGGAGAUGCUGUCGCCACCCUCGGAAAAACGUUUUUGCCCCACUACAACGCAAGAUUCUUUGGCGCACGAGCACGCGAAUGAGCCGGAGCAUGAGCAAGACGAAGACAUCGAAAGUGUGAAGUCGAUUUGA